UAUUUGGCCGUCGAUAUUUUUUGGGAUAGGCAGUGUAAAUCUUGUUUUCAUUUGCUGUGAAAUGUGUCCGUUUAUCAAAAUUGAUUGUGUACGCUAGGAAGCGUGACACGUUUAACUCUCGCAGAUACACAGUUUUGAAUUGACAUGACUCUAGAAGAUCCCUUCUACGUCGUAAAAGAUGAGGUGUUCCGUGCGUUGAACAAGACUCGCGGUUUGUAUCUUCGCUGGCAGGAAGUAACUCGUACACCUAUAGUUCACAGCCCGGAAGCCGAGUGGACUUCGACAGAACUCAAGAACGCUAUACGAAGCAUCGAAUGGGACUUGGAAGACCUUGAAGACACAAUCAGUAUUGUAGAAAGGAAUACAUCAAAGUUUAAAAUUGACAACAAGGAAAUAAGCGAAAGAAGGACAUUCAUAGAGGCAACUAAGCAGGAAGUGAAGCUCAUGAAAAGCGUGGUAAUCGGGAAUAAGCGCAACGAAAUGGAUGGUACAAGGGAACCGCUUCUGGCUGAAGAGAGCCCCAGCCGGGGGAACAGUGGAGGAGCUGGUGGGGCGGCCUGGGGUUCACGGCUGCCUGGUUACCCCCACUACCGCCGCCUACCAUCCGCCAGCCCGACGCGCUACCUUGAGGAUGACGUCAUGUCAGCCCAGGACAAGAUGCUGAUGUCGCAAGACGACCAGCUACAUCUAAUAAGCAAUUCGGUCGGUUCAUUGAAAACAGUCUCCAAGCAAAUCGGCAUCGAAUUGGAUGAACAGGCCGUUAUGCUAGAUGAUUUGAACACUGAACUGGAAAACGCAGACUCAAAGUUGGAUUCAACCCUGAAGAAGGUCGCCAGGGUGUUGCACAUGAACAAUGACCGACGACAAUGGACGGCAAUCGGGGUUCUACUGGCAUUGUUGGUCGUCAUUCUAAUACUAUUCAUUAUUCUUUAAUAAUAACAUGUUAUGAUACCAAACUUCCCAAAGCGAUUUUACUAUAUAAGAAAAAAAAAAUUACAUUUUUUAUGAAUUAUCUAUAGAUGUAUGUAUAAAUGAUAACGUAUAGAGGAAUAGUUUGGGUCUUGCUGAAUAAAAACAAGAUGGGCUUAGUCAUCGGAAUUUAUAUUUUUGUUAUGAAUAUUGAAAUAAAUUAUCCAAAUCACUGUGACAAUUUGUUAUUCAGAUUAAUCAGAAACCAUAGUUGAACUUAAAUUUUUCUGCAACAUGUGUUAUAUAAAAGAUAUCAAGAACAUUUAAAUAGUUGGUUUCAUUCUAGAAUACUUUCAUUAUAUAUAUGAAACAGCUUUUUUUGGCUAUAAAUUGAAUAUAUUGGGAUUAUCUUCAUGUAAACAUACAACAACUGUGUGUAAUAAAGAAUGUCAUACGUAUUGAUGUUUCAUGAAAUUAUUAAUAAGAGAAAUUAAUAUCCUAUUUAUGAGAAAUAUACAGAAAAAAUUAAAAUAAUAGUCAGCCAAACACCAGUGCUUAUAAUGUAGUAUAAACAAAUUUUUUAAAGUACGUAUAACAGCAACAAUUAAAGAAUCCUGUCCAUCAUCAAGUAAGUUACCAGCUAACGUUUUGCCCAACUACACUUCUAUGCGAUAUUAUUACUUUAAAAUUAAAAGACCCCUUAUAAUUUAAUUUCUUGAUAUUCUUAUCCUUUCUGUUUUUAUUUGUGUUAUAUUAAAAAUAUAUAUAUCUAUAGUUAAAAGACUGCGGGAGUCGUCCAAAUACAAUACCGCUAUGUCUAAUGAUAUACAUAUAAUAAAAAAAAAUCAUACAAAUAAAUAACGGAGGGAAUAUUUGGAACAUCAGUUUUAGUAAGAAUCUUAGUCAACCUACUAGUUUCAUAUAAGAUAAAAGAUAAAUUUCUUUGGUGACAUCUAUAACGUCGUAGAAUACAAAAAUGUACAUCACAUUACUUACUGUAUAUAAAAUAUGCAGUCGUGUAAUAUUUCUGAAAUGCAAUGAUGAAAUAUAAAAAAAGAAAUUGCAUACUUUAUAUUAACAUGCAAAAAUAAAAGCUAAAAAAAAAAAAUAUGAAAAUAUAUGUUACAAUAAAAAGCCGAUGUUCCGAAUACACUUUCAAUAGUACAUCUCCGGACUUAGGGAAAGACGUUUGAUAUUGGUGACAAUAUAACCAUUUGCCGGAAAAAAUGAGGCUCUCGCUAUUAUUAAUGUUAUUAAUAAUAUUGACAAUACAUCGUUUAAGUACAUUCCUACAGGAAAGCCUUAACCUGUGAUUUUUUACAUCGUAAAAAUUCCCUUGUUUUUUCCAUAGAAUGUUAAUUGUGUCCAAAUGAAUGGUAUUUUGUGACAGUUUUGUACAUCGGUUCAUAUAAUUUAUUAAGUGUUGUAUAAUUAUACACUGUCGUAUAUAUAUACAUUUUUAUAUAGACAUAGAUUCUGUGUUUAGCUUGUUUUAAACAUUCAUCGGCUUAAAGGAUUAACUUUGUUUUACAGUCAUCGUUUAGUUCUAUUGAAUAAUACACAUGUGCUCAUUUAUUUAGUUCUAAAGAGAAUUUAAUUUUUUGUCAACAAUCUUUUUUGGCUUUUACAAUUUUUAAUUUAACGACUACGUGUUAGUUUUUCAUAACCAGCCUUCAAAUGGUUUUAAAAUCCAUCUGUUCGAUCUACUUAAAGUAGAUUUGUCAAUCGCAUGGGUUUAUUCACAAUUAAUUUUGGACUACGGACUACGGAAUAUAACCACGAGUAAUUAGGAAUAUCUUCUUUAAGAGGUAAAUAAUUCGAAAUGUUCUUUUUUUAAAUUUAUAUACAAAAUUUCGUUACUUUUUUUUUCUUAAUUAUCAUUUAUCAGAUAUCUCAUCGUUAUUUUUAUAACUUAUCAGUUUUUAUUUGAGCGAAUUAUUGUAAUGCGCAAAACCUCAACUUGACUUCUUUAGAUAUGUUAUCAGAGCCAAAUAUUUCGUUUGACAUCAAUUUUUCGAUAAUAUUUAUCUUUAUGGACGAAAAUAAUUGUUUUUUUUUUCAAUAUAGUUUAAUUAUGCACUUAAACGAAAACGUGGUUGCAAAUUAGAGAACAUUACGUUUAUUUAGUUCUCCGAUCACAUAUAAAAAAUUGUGAUCUUUUUUUUAUCUUUAACAAUAAUUUUGUGAAUAUAACAAGGGGAUGAAAACACUUAAGAUGUCGAACAAAGUUAAAUUCCUCAGCCAUUUAAUGAAAUAAUGUAUUUUAUGAUUUAUAUUUGGUUAUUAAUUUCGUAUGAAACACCCAGUUUGCUUUAAAAUGUAUGUAAUGUAUAUAGGGACGAUAUAUUGUUAAAACGCUGAAUAGACGUUCAUAAAAUCUAGAUCUAGUAUCAGCUAGUUUAGACUGUAUUAGUCGUAGGUUUAUUUCCUUCGAAAUAACGAAUUUAAUAUGGCGUUUCAACAAUAUGUCACUUGUAGAUAUUGUAGAAAUAUAUUGAAGCGAGAUAAAUCUAGAUGGACAUUAUUUUGUUUAGACUUUUCCAGUGUUUAAAAUAUUAAAUGAAUUUGCCAAUCCUUCUAUAAUUAUUGUAUAUUAAAAACUUUUUGUUUAUGUCAGUGGUGACAGCUGUGUAUAAUAAAAUUAUUCAAAUAUAUA